CUGGGCGGGGACCGCAGCCGCGGAGCCCGACGCGGCUCCAGACGCCGGAGCGGCUGCAGGAAGACCCUGGGCUGCAUCUGCGGUUGCCAGGCAAGUGGAUGUGAAAGGCCUGAUCCUCCUCAUUCCCUAGAGGCCAUCCUGUCGCCGCCGGCACCAUGCUGUCCCCUCAGAGGGCUUUACUCUGCAACCUCAACCACAUCCACCUCCAGCAUGUCUCUCUAGGCUUGCAUUUGUCCCGCCGUCCGGAGCUCCGGGAGGGGCCCUUGAGCACAUCCCCGCCCCCAGGGGACACUGGGGGCAAGGAGAGCCGGGGCCCCUGCAGUGGGACCUUGGUGGACGCCAAUUCCAACAGCCCAGCCGUGCCCUGCCGAUGUUGCCAGGAGCAUGCGCCAGGCCUAGAAAACCGGCAGGACCUAGCACAGGAGGAGGAGGGGGCUGCCUCUCCCUCAGACCCCGGCUGUUCCUCCUCUCUCAGCUCCUGCUCAGAUCUUAGCCCCGAUGAGUCCCCCAUCUCAGUCUACUCCAGGGACCUCCCUGGCAACGAGGAUGUCCACCCUCAGCCCAGCAUCGUUCCCCUGGAGCAAGGCUCCCCCCUGGCUUCUGCAGGCCCAGGCACCUGCUCCCCAGACAGCUUUUGUUGCUCUCCGGAUUCCUGCUCUGAAGCUUCCUCUCCAUCCGGUCCAGGCCUGGACUCCAAUUGUAAUGCCCUGACCACUGGCCAGGACCUCCCUUCCCCAGGGCUAGAGGAAGAGGAGGAGGCCGAGGAGCAGGACCUCCCUACAUCUGACCUCCCAGAGGUUGAUGAGAAAAUCGAUGCUGGGAAAACCGAACCCAGUUGGAAAAUCAACCCCAUUUGGAAAAUUGACAAAGAGGCAACUGAUGCUAGCUGGAAAAUCACGGAGAACAAUAACUCCGGUUGGAAAGUCAAUGGGAAUACUAUUGAAUGUUGGAAAACUGAACCUGGAAAAUUCGACUCCAGUUGGAAAACCAAUACAGGAAUAACUGAUUCUGGUUCGAAAACUGAUGCAGGGAAAAUUGAUGGGGGAUGGAGAAGUGACGUCAGCGAAGAGCCGGUGCCCCACCGGACAAUCACGUCCUUCCACGAGCUGGCCCAGAAGCGCAAGCGGGGCCCAGGGCUGCCCCUCGUGCCGCAGGCCAAGAAAGACCGCAGUGACUGGCUCAUCGUCUUCUCUCCGGACACCGAGCUGCCCCCCACAGGGUCGCUCGGCAGCUCCCAGGCGCCUCCCCGGGAAGUCACCACCUUCAAGGAACUCCGGUCCCGAAGCCGGGCUCCGCCCCCACCAGUCCCGCCCCGAGACCCCCCAGCUGGCUGGGCAUUGGUCCCACCUCGGCCCCCACCGCCACCCGUCCCUCCCCGGAGGAAGAAGAACCGACCUGGGCUGCAGCCUAUAGCAGAGGGGCAGCCCGAGGAGGGCAGGGUGGGCAGCCCAGCUGUUGGUGAGGAGGCCCCAGCUUCAAAGGAGCCGGAGCAGCCAGGUCCUCAGGCUGGCACUGAAGCCGGUCCCCUCCUGCUCCCUCGGCCCCUGGUUUUUCGGUUCUCGGCUGACGGGCGCCCCCUGUUGCAGGGUGGGAGCGCGGCCGCAGCUGGGUCUCUGCUCCUGGCGCCUCUGGCCAGCUGGCCAGGCCCUGGGCUGCGGCUCCUGGGGGCACCGAGUACCCCGGAGGAGCAGCUGCUGCCCGUCCGCCUGUCCCCGGUGGGGGCCUAUUCGCCUCCGGCUAGGGGGGACCUUCCCUGCCUGGCCAGCCCUGAGCUGGCACUGCUGCUGUCCCCGCUCUUUCCCAGAAGUAGCACCUUCCCCCCCGUGGCUUCCCCACCCCGCCAGGUACCCGCCCCUCCGCUGCCACGGCCACCUCGUCCGCCGAAGGCCCCUCGCUGGACCAGGAGCCCACCGCCUCCGCCCAGGCUACUCCGUAGUUCCUGGUCGUUCGCCGGCGUCCCCGGGGCCCAGCGACUGUGGAUGGCAGAAGCCCAGAGUGGGACUGGCCAGCUGCAGGAGCAAAAAAAAGGUCUCCUGAUAGCUGUUAGUGCUUCAGUGGAUAAAAUCAUCUCGCACUUUGGGGCCGCCCGGAACUUGGUUCAGAAGGCCCAGUUGGGGGAUAGCCGUCUGAGCCCAGACGUGGGGCACCUGGUACUGACCACCCUCUGUCCGGCCCUCCAUGCCCUGGUGGCCGACGGGCUGAAGCCUUUCCGGAAAGACCUCAUCACUGGGCAGCGGCGGAGCAGCCCCUGGAGUGUGGUGGAGGCGUCUGUGAAGCCAGGCUCCAGCACUCGUUCCCUCGGCACCCUGUAUAGCCAGGUCAGCCGUCUGGCCCCGCUGAGAAGCAGCCGUAGCCGCUUCCACGCCUUCAUCCUGGGCCUCCUCAACACUAAGCAGUUGGAGCUGUGGUUUUCCAGUCUCCAGGAAGAUGCAGGCCUGCUGUCCCUCCUGUACCUGCCCACUGGUUUCUUCUCCCUGGCCCGGGCUGGCUGCCCCUCCUUGUCCACGGAGCUGCUGCUCCUGCUGCAGCCAUUGUCGGUGCUCACCUUCCACCUGGACCUGCUCUUUGAACACCACCACCACCUGCCCCUGGGACCGCCUCAGGCCCCACCGCCCCCAGGCUCGCCUCCAGCCCUGCAGCAGACUGUGCAAGCUGUGCUGCACUGGGGGGGUCGGCUGGCCCAGAGCCUCCGGGGGGCUUCUGGGGAGGCCCCUCCAGGCCCUUCGGCCCCCUCAAGCUCUCCCAGCCCCUGCAGCUGGUGGGAGCAGCUGACCCAGGCCUCCCGGGUCUAUGCGUCUGGCAGCACCGAGGGCUUGCCUCUUCCCCGGUGGGGAUCCAGGCGCACCCGGCCUGCAGCUGAGGCCGCACCGGAGAGGUCCCUGCACACGGAGGAAGCAGCACCAGGCCGAGGCGUGUGGCUGGGGAGACUGUUUGGAGUGCCUGGGGGCCUCGCAGAAACUGAGAGUGGAGCCCCUAAGUCCAGGAGACCAUCCAGCUGGUUGCCCCCGACAGUGAGUGUGUUGGCUCUGGUGAAGCGGGCGGCACCUCCUGAGGCUCCCUCAUCUCCUAAGGAGCUUGAGGUCUCGGAACCCAGCAUGGUGCAGACCCACAGGUCUGGGGAGUCAGAGAAGCCUAGUGAUGGUGCGGGCUUUGCAUCUUGCAGAAGGAACAGGAUGCAAAGGUGGAGAAGUCAAAGUGUGGUAAGUGAGGAACUAUGAGUACAUGAUUGGUUGUGGCUGGAGUGAAGGAUCCUGGCAGUGGUGAUGGGGAGGUCAGAGGUGUCAGUAGACCAGUGAAGGAAGCUGGGUAUCACUCCAAGGCAGUGGGAGCCAUUAAAGGGUCUUAAGCCCAGGGAUGGUAAGUUUUAGAAGGAUCUCUACUGCUGUGUGGAGAAUGGAGAGGGUGGUCAGGAUUCAGGCAGACCAGUUAGAUUAUAUGCCAGUGGUCCAGAGAGUAUAGAGGCCUAAACUAAGACAAUGACAGUGAAGUUGAAGAUAAAUGGAGUGGUGGGAGAAACCAACAUCAAACAGGUUUUGCUGAUUGAUUGGAUGUAGAGACUGAGAUCCCUUGUUUUUUUACUAGGAAUAACUGUAUAGGUGAUGCCAUUUACCACUAUAGGGGACCUAAGAGGAGGGACUAGUUUGGAAAGUUAAGAUGAGUCAUUUAGUUUGUGUAAGUUGAAUAUGAAGCACCAGAGAAGUGCCAAUUACAAUAAGGAGCGAAAGAGUGGGUCUGGAGCUUAGGAGAGGCUGGGGCCCCAAACAAAUCAACAUGUUGAAGAGACGUGGUCCCCAUGUCUCUCCCAGAGCCCAGCUGAUGUCUACUGAGCUGAAUCAACAGAGACAUACAUACCAAAGUGGUGGGGAGGUGAGGCUGGCGACAGGCACCCCCACCUCACUUCAU